AUGGCCGCCUGCGUAGAGGUAGAGCCUGCUGCCGCUGCGAGGCCGGCCGGUCUGAAGAGGAAGCGCAUCGCCGUCAGCAGCGCGGAGCCGUACGACGAGAUGAGCCGCCUCGGCGAGGGGGCCUUCGGCGCGGUCGUCAAGGCGCGCCACCGCGGCACGGGCCAGAUCGUCGCCAUCAAGCGCGUCGGCGAGGCCCACGGCGGGCACGCUGCGCUGCUGCGGGAGGCGCGCUUCCUCGAGGAGGCGUCAGGCGGCGCCGCCAACCCAUUCGUCGUCGGCUUCCACGGCGUCGUCCGCGCCCCGGCCACCUUGGACCUCGGCCUCGUCAUGGAGUGCGUAGGCCCCAGCCUCCACGGCCUCCUCCGCCAGCGCGGGGCCCGUUGA